AUGUGCGCCGUGCCAGAAAAGUCAUGGACGGACGCGGGCGCGUGCCAGCCGUACUAUGGAGAUUGCGAGUUGGACAUGUUUUCGUCGUGCGGCUGGGGCGCGUAUCCGACAGGCGCUAAAACGUGCGCGAGCAAAUAUGGUAUACCAUACAAGUGGAGGUACAAGUGCAAGGCGAUACCCGUGCCAUACAACAACGGCCAGUGCUCCGCGUGCAUGCCCGGGUGCGAGCUCAUCCACGGAUCCAGGGAUACGUGCGACUGCUCGAAAACCAAGUUUUACGAUGAGCUGGACAACGCGAUCCACCAUGUGGGCGAGCAAGCGAAGGACGCGUGGGACGACGCGAAGGGAUUCGCCAAAGAGGUCGGCGACGAGCUCGGACCCAUCGUGGAUAAAAUGAAUGAUUUCCCUGAAGACGCGCUCAAUUGGUUCAAAGAUCAAAUCGAUAAACCGUGCGACGUCAGUCCGUCGGAUCUGAACGAUGCGUUUAAAACGUUCUUGGACGCGAUGAAACCACAAGACGUGAAUAAGAUCAUGAAGGUGUUCUCUGACACCCCGUCGAAGGUCGAGGACAUAAUGGAAGGCCUCGGCUCGCCGGUGUGUGACUACAUAUGGACGUUCGGGCUGCCCGCACCGAACAUCUUGGCCCAAGUCGUGAAGUCGUUGAGCACAACGCUGAAAGAUAAGUGCCCUCUGGUCUUCGACACGGGGAAGAAUUCCGCCAUCACUUUGGGAUUGACCAUGGACGUCAACGUGCAAAACCCCGCGACUCACCCCAACAAGUACACGGCCAGCGGCGGCGUAGUGCAUGACACAUACUCGGGCGGUAUGGAACUCGGUGUCGGCGUCGACAUAAACGGCAACCGAUUUUGCUACGUCGGCGGUUGCACCAUGAAAGGGAAAGUCCUUCAGCUCAAGACACCAAGUCUUGGCACGCUCGACGUGGGCAUGGCAGUGACCGUCUACGGGGAAUUUGCUAACGUUCCUGGCGCAGCCCAGGCGACCACGUUUGGCGGCGGCAUCGAGAUCCCUGCUCCUGUCUUCUUCGGAAGCGGGCUCAAAGCCGAAGGUUCCCUCACGCUCAUGUACGGAACCGGAGAUAAAUGUGGUGAAGACGAAAAUGAAAAAUGUGAGCCAAAACAUGCAUUCGGUGUCUCCAUAGAUGUCGAAGGCAACCUCGCCGCGGCGUCGUUUGGCGUCGAGGCGUCUUUCGCGGAAGGCCUUUGCUACACGUCAUUAUGCGUCCUAGCGGACGGAGGGCACUGCGAUUCAAAAUUCGGCAAUGAAGACAAUACCUUGAGCUCUCAGGUCAAGGAUUUUGGAGACAGUGUCGCACACUUCUUCGGCGAGGAAGCCUCGGCAGCGAUGAAAAAACAUGAUGAAGCGAAGAAAGCAGUUGAGCUGGCCACGAUGGACCCCAUGCCGGGCUCCACGACUGUCGAUGAGUUCAACUCGGACAACUCCACAACAGUCGAUGAGUUCAACUCGGACAACUCCACAACAGUCGACGAGUUCAACUCGGACAACUCCACAACAGUCGACGAGUUCAACUCGGACAACUCCACAACAGUCGACGAGUUCAACCCGGACAACGCUACUGCGGUGCCCGAGCCCGAGCCCGAGGAUUACCACUACGAAAAAAUCGCGAAUAGAGCUGUGCGAGGGCAUGGAGCAUCAGGCGCGUGCGAUGAAAGAUUGUAUUACGGAAAUGAUUCUGGUGGAAUCCAAAGGUGCGAAGAGCAGUGCAAUCAGUGCGCCGACUGUAAAGGCUUCGUGGAUAACCGAGACGCUUCACCCGCAUACUGCGUUUUCAAAAGUUCGUCGAAUGUGUACGAGAAGUCAUCGAAGGAUUGGUAUGGAAAGCAAUAAACCGGAAUGCAAGAACAAGAAGAAGUUGC